AUGAGAUUGCAGAGAUUCCGAUCACUAUGGGGUAUCGAGCCAGGACCGAACCUCGAAGAUUGGAAACCUUUGCUUCCGAAGUUGAAAGCCCAUGGAUAUGCCGGAGUGGAAGUGAACAUGGAAGUCAUACUUCAAGAUUCAGACCUAAGACUAUUCAAAUCUCUUUGUGAAGAGAGUGGUCUGCAGAUCAGCGCAUUGAUAUUCUCAUCCUGGCCGAGAUACACAGGACCACGGCCAACAGGCUUGAUACCUACAUUGCAUCUUAAAAGAUACCGAGAACAGCUCAUUCGAGCAGCAGUGUUGAAUCCCAUAAUGAUCAACGCUCAAUCCGGAGCCGAUUAUUGGACCGUGGACCAAUCCAUCGAGUUCUUCAAAGGAACAUUGGAAACCGAUGACGAGCUUGGCAUGACCGGGAAAGUCUGCCACGAAACACAUAGAAAUCGGUCGCUAUUCAACCCGUACACCACUGCUUCCGUACUCGAAGCUGUCCCCAACCUUCGCAUUACGGGCGAUUUCUCACACUGGGUGCUCGUCUGCGAGCGCAUCCUCGACCUUGGAGAGGAGGAUAAGGAGCUCAUGGAACGAGCUAUUCCACAUGUGUAUCACAUCCACGCGAGAAUCGGGUCGAUCCAGUCAUCACAGUGUUCAGAUCCGACCAAUCCCUCUUUCACGACUGAAAGGGAGUUUUUCGAACGGACUUGGAAGCGCGUUAUCAGCGCUAGGGCUGCAGCAGAUUCUGGAAAGGAGGAAACGGUCCUCACUUUUGUGCCGGAGUACGGGCCUUUCCCUUACCAUCCGAUUGAGAGUAAAGUGUCGUUUGAGGCAGUUGCCGACUCGGAGGGGCAGAGACUGGAGGGAGUUUUCCAGGCGCAUCUAGAUACACUACGUACUACGGACGGUGCCUUCUAG